AUGGCGAGGCCAACUCAUGUAGACAGUCAAAGAAUAAUUUCUCUGCUAGAGGAGAUGAACCAGAAGCUCAGAAUCCUCUCGUGGCUUUCUGAAGAAAACCUUGAAGAAGUUUCAUAUCGGCAAGAAGAGCUCAGCAGCAUUUUAGAUGGAGAUCUUGUAAUCAGUUUAAUCAACCAUCUCCGUCUUAUGCAAGCUUUCAAUCAAUAUAUUACCAAAAGUGACGGAAGGGCCGAGCGGAACUUCCCUCAUCAGCGUAAAUUCCUCACGUUUUUUACCGACGUUUUUAAAUUUUAAAAAUUCGCAGAAAAUAUCCUCAUUUUUUUGGAUAAAAAAAACGCUUUUGAUUGGGCUUGGCUGACGUCAUAAAACGUCAGAUGGGGAGUUAGCGAACCAACUUUUGCUGCCAAAGUAAACUCCACAGAUGGCAAAUCCUCUUUCUAUUGCAAAUUUUGUUAUCUGGAGAUUUGACUUUUUUUUAUCUGGAGAUUUGAUUUUUGCCAGCAAAAGUUGGUUCGUCAACUCCCCAUCUGACGUAUCCCGAUGCCAGCCAAGCCCGAUCCCUGCUUUAGAUCGGGCUAUACCACAUUUAGUUCAUAAUUGAUUAAUAGAUAUCCAUGACAUCGACAUAGAAAACGAAAUCCCAGAAGACGCCAAAACAAUCGGCCACCAUCUGGAAGUUAGCACAAGUGAAGUUUGCCGAUGGCUGGCAAAAGACCCAUCUUCCUUCGAAUAUCUCACCAAAAUGAUCAGCCGCACUUCUUCAGGGACCAGAAACUUCUCUGAGACCACCAAGGACUUGCAAAAACUCUAUUUAAAUAAGCUAAUGACUCCAGUUGAAGAAGAAAUGAACAGGGAGCGUGAGCUUCAAGAAAUCGAAGAAAAACUGACCAAGUCAAAACAAGAAGAAUCCUCCUGGAACGACAAGCUGACAAACUUAAGGCGGCAACGAGAAGAAGGCAGAGAGAACAGGAACAAAGAAAUCCAAAAACUCAAAGCAGAAAUAGAAAAAAUAAAAAAGGAAACUGAAGACCGUAUCAAUGGAAUCAAUAAAACAAUACAGAACAGGCAAAAGAAGUCCAAGCAAGAAUACGAAAGCAAGUUUACCAGCCUUGCACAACAGUUCGAGCAGCUUACCAAAGAAGUUGACGACUUAAGAGCUGCUAAUAAAGUCAAAGAAGACUCAUUAAUUGGAAAUAAACAAAAACUAAUGCAUAGGCUGGGUGACAAUAUCAAGGACUAUGACAGAGAUAUGAUUGACAACCAGCAGCAGCACGAAAGAGAAGAAAAAACUUUCAACGAAAAUAAAAAAGCUUUAGAAAUGAUAGAAGAUCACAUUAGACAGUUGAGAAUGGAAAAGAAAAGAAUGGAGGAAGAAGAAGCCAAAGAAGCGCUGAAGCGCAAGAACUUCGACGCACUAAUGAGCCAGAAGAACACUGCUUCUGAGUACAUCUCAGCACACUGGAAAGGAUACAAAUCAAGACUUGACUAUGAGAAGCUGAAAAAGAGCAAGAAAAAGAGGAGAGGCAAAAAAGGUAAAUAA